UAGCAUUUUCAGAUAUAUGUUUGAUCUUUUUGAGUAUUCCUUUCUAUACGAAAAAGUGAACAUAUUAAUUUCCACAUAGAUAGUCGCGAUGAUUACGUGUGUUUGCGGUGCACACACUAGAUUUAUCUAACAAGAUAAAUAGUUUCUUGUUAGUAAGACAAUCAAUCAGAAUAAUAAUCAAUUAUUUAGUAAACAGAUUUCGCCACGUGCUUACGUUUAGGAAGAUAGCACACUUUAGAAAAAUUCAUUAUUCAACUGAUGCCGACAAAGAAUGUAUCUGUACAAGUGAUUUUGACAAUAUUAGGUAAAAGUAUAUGACUUCUGCAAACAAAGAUCUAGCAGGAAGAUCUGGAAUUUAAUUAAAAUCUAACUUUAUUAUUGUGAGAACAUCUUAAUAUCUUACUCUCUUAUAUCUUGACCUAUUGUUAAAUAUAAGAAUAUAAUACUCUUCAAUAUAAUAAAUUAAAAAUAAGACAGAAGAAAAAUAUAACAGAAAAAGAACGACAAUAUGGAUACUAUAGAUUAUGACAAAUAUUACAAAAGAGAUAAUGAUGGUUGCUAUACUGUACAUUUUGCAAAUGCCAAGAAACUCAGUGUUGAUGAAAUAAAGGAAAUAUUUUCAGCUUAUGGAAAAGUUAUAUCUGUAAAUAUUACUGACCAGGAGUAUGGGUUUAGAUUUGUAAAGUAUAAAACAUUAGAAGAAAUAAUAUGCUGUUUAAAAGGUUUGAAGAACAGCGAUAUCAUACAGUUGUUACCAGAAAAGAUUAAAAUGAAUGAUUCAAAUCAUAGAUUGAAUAAAUAUAAUUCAACUCCACGGCAAAGAUUGGAAUAUUCAUUUCAGAAAACAUUCGGUGACAAACAAUUUAAUUUGAAUUCUGCUCAUAAUCGAAAAUCCUCAGAAAUUGAAAAUUCAACUCGUAGUACAAGUACUUCUAAUGGGAGUCAAUUUGACAAUGCCGACAACUUUUCAGAUACUGCUUCAAGAAGUUCACAUAAUUCGAAAUCUAAUGUAAAUGCAGUUAAGUAUGAUAAAUCGGAUUCAUUGAUAUCCAAUUCACUAUUUUCAAGACAACAAAAUUCCAUGAGUAAUUCUUCAGAAAUAAAUUAUUAUAAGUAUUAUAAAAUAGGAAAAGAUGGAACUUAUAUUGUACAUUUUGCAAACAAAAAGGAACUCAGCAUAAAUGAAAUAAGAAAAUUAUUUUCAUCUUAUGGAAAUGUUGUAUCUGUGUAUUUUAAUGAAGAAAGGAUUAGUGGACUUGUAUUUGUAAGAUAUAGAUCAUUAGAAGAAACAAUAACAUGUUUGAAAGAAUUACAAAAUAACGAUAUGAUAAGCAUAUUACCACAAAAGGAUAAAAUUAAUGGUACAGUGAAGAAAACAGAUCAAGAAAAUUCAAAUCAUGGGCAGUUGGCAGAAAUGCAAGAUUCAUUUCAAAGAAUUAACAGGCAAUUUGAUUCAAAUUCCAAUUAUGAUAAAAAAUUCUCGAAAACUGAAGAAAAGUUGACUCAUAAUACAACUUCUGAUCGAAACAGAUUUCACAGUACUAAUAACUUUUUAAAUACUGAUUUUGAAAGUUUAAACGAUGACAAUAAAUCUGCAAUUACAUAUACACAUUCGGAUUUUCUGAUAUCUGCAGAUAAGCAAAUUUCAUCAAGCCAAAGAAGUUUCAAUAACUAUGAAGUAACUAAUUACAAUCAAGAACAGCAACACAAGAGUAAAUUUCAUUCUUUUACGAAACCUGAUAUCAUCAUUAAUGUAAAUAAGGAUGUAUCUGAUGAUAAAAUACCAGCAUUAAUCUCUAAUAUGGAAAUUAAGCAGAAGCAAUUUGAUGCAGUGUCUAAAAGCUCUUCACAAUCCAGGAUUAAGAAUACAUCAUCUGAAGUCAGGAUCACACCAAUGCAAGAAAUAAUUGUUGCUGAUAUUCAUGCAAAUUAUGAUGUGCAUUAUAUUUUACAUUUGUUUAAAAAAUAUAACCCAAUUUCAGCUACGGUUGUCGAGACUUUAGAAACUAAUAAACGAUAUUGUCAUGUUUAUUUUAAAACAAUACAAGACGCAGUAACUGUCGAAGAAGAAUUUGAUAAUUUUGACUUGUCUGGCAAAAAUCUUAUUGUUCUUCGAAUGUCACGAUUGAUAGAGGAAGUUGCAUGUAAAUAGUACUCUUCUUUUUGUAUUUAUAUUAAUCACAUUUAAAUUAUCAUGUUACGUAAAUUUUGAUAAGGAUUUUUCUUGAAUUCCAAUUAUUGAAGAAUGUCAGUAAUAUUUUUGUAUACACCUGUAUUUGUCUUUUAGUUUAUAGACAGAAUUUUUAUAGUUACGAUUUAAUAUGGAAAAAGCAUGAGGAAAACAAACUAAUAAAUUGUAUUCAGGAAACAAACAUUUAUGAAAAGAAU